CGAAAAGCGCUCUUUCCGACGGCUUACUUUUGACAGAUGGCAGUUAUCAAGCGUUUGCCGCGAGGAUUAAAACGGAACUGAAUCGAGCUGACGUAUAACCGUUAACAAUUAUGGACGUCGCUCAUUUAUGGAACGACUGAGUGUUACAUAUGGAUACAACGCGUCCAGUUGGCUAUCGUGUCGCUCGAUGAUUAUUCUCAAUUAUGCAGCGAGAAUUAAUAAGCAUCUUUUCGAGCGCGGUCGUAUUGUUACUUCGAUAACGAUAAAGAUACCAACACAGCUAAUGCGAGUUAUUGCACUUGCAUUCUGGCUAUUAAUAACUUAAUACGAUAACAUUCCACCUCUCUCAUUUUCCACGCAAAUACGCACAGAAGAUAAAAUGUAUCGGAAGAUACACAUACACACACACACACACACACACACACACACACACACACACACACGUGCGCAGGAUUACGGCUUGUGUUAAGUAAUAAUUAAAGCGCGACUAUUAUGCAUCGUAUAUUUCAGGCGAUUUAUCUUCAUACCGCCGAAUUACUCUCCGGCUAUGUUAACGGAAGAUUUUCAUGGAAAAUUUAGUUGUAAGAUAAGGCAGUGUUGUUUUUUAUCAAUAUAUCAUCGAUGCAGCGUAGAUUACAUUGUUUAUUAUUGUUCGUUUACACUCGGACACGCUGGCACUUUUAUUCUUUAAUUGCAUAUUACUUUUUAUCAGAUACGUUUUCGUUUGUAACGGUAUUUAUUCUAAAUCCUUCUGUCGCGAUACAGGAGCAUUACGCCAGAUAAACAAUGUAAUUUACCCGUAUCUUUCGUCGUAUCUUUCGCCGUAUCUCCUGUCGCUUUGGUAUAAAAGCAAGACAGACGGAAUUGCCAUCAGAAGACGUUUAUUUUCCGACACUUUGUAAUCUCGUGCUUAAAGUAAGAAGCAGCCUUUUUAUUGUUUUUAUAGUUGUUUAUCAGAUCGAAGUGUCUUUCCUCGUUCGUCUAUACCUGCUGGGUGACGGAAGAAAUAUGGCCAUGCAAUCCGUCAGGCAGAAGUUCCUGGGUGUUGUAAAGAAAUCGAGUAAGGGAAGAUUCUUAAGCUCCCAGCAAGUGAUCGAUCGCGACGACAAGUAUGGUGGUAUCCACUUCAAACCGCUACCAGUCGUUCUGACCCGAGGAGAAGGAGUCUAUCUAUGGGAUAUCGACGGAAAGCGCUACCUUGAUUUUCUUGCUGGGUUCUCGACCGUCAAUCAGGGUCACUGUCACCCGCGUCUAGUAAAAGUCAUGAGAGACCAGGCUGGAAAACUGACGCAUACAUCGCGAGCUUUUUACUCGGAACCUCAUGGUGAAUUGGGAGAAUACAUGACAAAACUGCUAAAAUGGGACCGAUUUUUGCCGAUGAACACAGGUGUUGAAGGUGGUGAUACAGCUAUCAAAUUGGCCAGACGCUGGGGAUACAGAGUGAAGAAAAUACCGAGUGACAAAGCUACCAUCGUAUUCGCGAGAGGAAACUUCUGGGGUCGUUCAUUGGCGGCUUUGUCAGCCUCGACGGAUCCGAAUUGCUAUACAGACUUUGGUCCUUACAUGCCGCUCUUCGAAAAAGUGUCGUACAACGACCCGGCUGCGUUGGAGCAAAAGUUCCGAGAAAAUCCCAAUAUCUGCGCGUUCAUGGUUGAACCUAUUCAGGGAGAAGCUGGAGUCGUUGUGCCUACUGAUGGCUAUCUGAAACGCGUGAGGGAGUUAUGCACAAAGUAUAAUAUCUUAUGGAUCGACGACGAGGUGCAGACCGGUCUUUGUAGGACCGGUAUGCGUUUAGCAAUCGAUCACGAAGAUUGCAGACCGGAUAUUCUGAUUUUGGGGAAAGCGCUUUCCGGUGGGAUGUACCCGGUUUCCGGUGUUCUGGCGGAUGAUCAGAUAAUGUUCUGUCUGCAAACGGGUUCGCACGGAAGUACUUUCGGCGGAAGCCCACUCGGAAACCGAGUAGCCCUGGAGGCGGUUAAAAUCUUAGAGGAGGAGAAUCUGGCGGAAAACGCAAAGAAGCUUGGGAAAAUUCUGAAAGAAGAAUUGAGCAAAGUACCGAAGGAUAUCGCGACGGAGUUUCGAGGGCGCGGUCUCUUGGCUGGUCUCGUGAUCAAUAAAGAGUUUGCAGACGGUUGGGAUAUCUGUCUGAGGCUGAGAGAUGCUGGCUUGUUGACAAGACCUGCACACGGACAAAUCAUUAGAAUAUCGCCCCCGUUAACGAUCACGGAGGAGCAACUGCGAGAGGGAAUAAACAUUCUCACUACGGUUCUAAAAAGCUAUAAAUGAAGAACUCGAGCAUAUUCCACGACGUGGAUUUCUACAGCUAGUAAACGAGUCAAUUUCGUUCCGAUGUUAUUUUCUAUUGAAAGACGCUUUUAUCGUCUCGCUAAGAUUCCCCGACUUUUCUAAUAAAAGAAUAAGAAUAAAAAUAAUAUAAAAGUGAGAUUUCGAGAGAAAAUAAAGACAUCAGUAUGUGUA